GCGCGUCGUGUUCAAAUGUGUUUUGUUUUCCGGCGCUCUUCUGUUUGGAUAGGAGUGGCAGACAUGGUGCCCGUGCGGAAAAGUGUGGAGAGAACCCCCAACAGUGUUGUCCAGAGAAGUAGUAAAAGUAGGAGCUACAGACAGUCCUGCCAGAGCCUGAUGGCAGCUUCACGUCUAUGCUUGACAAGGGCACUAACGUCACUGCGGCUCAACACAAACAGAAGAGCACCAAAGUCGGACAAUAUCAUUGAUAAGGUCAACCCUCAGCAUUUGGACUCUCUGAUGAAAAGAGAAUGGCAGCUGUCCUAUGUCACACCCCUCUACCGAUUCCGCUACACCCAGCUGAAGAGCUACGCCAGGCAACUCUCUGCAUUUCUGGCUGCAGAGAAACAGCAAGGUCUGGCAGUGGAGGUGGGCGGUACAGUAUGCUUCAGCGUCUCCUUCUCUGUGGUUCAGGGCCUGGUUGAGACAGAUGAUGAUGCAGAGGCCAUCUUAAUAGAGAUCUACUCGAAGCCCUUGUUUACCAGGAAGGAUGAGCCACUGAAGACAGUAUGGAGUGGCUGGCUUGCAUGCAUCAAUGGCAACCCUGACUACAUUAACUCACUUCCAAAAGAGUUCAUUUGUCUACCACUAUUUGGCAGCAGCGGGACAGAGGCACUCACUGCUUUGGUCAAAUCAUGGUUCCAGAAGAACUUUGACUGCUGCUUUGGCUUGUUGGAGAUCAGCCACACCAGCUUGCAGUGGUUGGUGGCAUUAUGGACCAACUGCCACACAGAGUCCAAUGUCAAGCAACUCAAAAUGAUUUGGACUCUUCCAGUUAAGCCACUGCUUCAUGUCACCUAUGCUGUAAACCCUGUUGAUGCUUGGGAGCUAUGGAGCAGUGUGAGACGGGAUCCAUCACAAGAGGUGGAAGAACAAGACAAUAUUCAUCUAGAGGAGGUGAUGAGGCUCAUGAAGGGGCUCCUAAGCCAAUUCUACCGACACUUCAAGGUGGAUCUUUCAGCUGGGAGCCUGAGCCAUGUGUCUACAGCGCUGGGCACAGCCAAAUGUAGCGGAAGGAUCAAGAUUUCCAACAGCAAAUGCAUGACCACAACGCUGAUGAUGCUGACCGAAUGUGCCCUCCUCAAAAUGCCCAUUUAAAGAGACCAUCAGGAAGUCGUGAAAAUGGACAAUGUUAUCUAAGUCCAAUACAUUUACUCUUCUUGCUCUUUUAAAUCUUGGGAUUGUAAAAUUAUUAUAUAUAUUUUAGCUGUACAAGGCAUGUUUGUAAAUUAAUAGGAUUAGUUUCCACAACAACCACUUUUUUUUAUUAGCCUUGUUUCACCGUGUCACCUUAGCGUAUUGUUUUUCACAGUAGUCAAAAAUUUGUAGAGGGGUAACCAAUGAAGAACACAUUCCAUUUUGCUGAGCAUCUGGAUAAAGGUGUGGAUACAAACGAUAGACAAUAACAGUUUGAAUCCUCAACAGUGGGACAAUCCACCCACCUGAAUCUGUCCAUUUAUCAUAACCACCCACCUGAAUCUGUCCAUCAUUUAUCAAAACCCAAGAAGUAGCCUGCUUGCUCACAAACAAAUGCCGCUCCACAAAUGUUUUUGCUACAGUCAUGUUUUGCUGAAGCAACCAAUGUUUGUGGCAUUUUGCACAUUGUAUAUUCAUAUGUAGCUGUUUUUUAUAAUAGCUGGCAUUAUUAUAAUAAAAGUU